CCAACAUCGAGCUCGGUCUCCAUGUGCCAGUAAACUAGUAGAACCUAUUAUCGAAGACAAUGCGACAAUCUAACAAAUACUGAGUCGUUAUCGUAACAGAGACAUUCCCAGAAUUUAGGCUUCAUAUGUGUACUCUCACAAAUGCAAUCGGAAUUUUCAUCAUUUACAUGGAACCAAUGAUGAUGUGCAUCGAUUUGAUCGCUUCGAUGAUCAACCAGAAACUGCUGAUCGAUUGCUUGGACCGGCUGGAAAAGGUAGACCAGAAGCUGUCCACAGAAAACAUUACCGUGAAUAAUCAUCGAAUCCAUCGUUACAUCGUAAUCCUUCUAUUGUCGGUGUUGACAUUUGAGUUUGUACUGACCACAUAUAACUUCGUAGUUUUUUCCGAUGCGGUUACCUUGUGGUCCCUGCUGUGGUUCAUCACUGCCCUUCCGACAGGAAUGAAUUCAGUUAGUCGAAUUUGGUUUGUAGUUUUGGUUUUGUCCGUUCGUCAUCGGUUCCAAACUAUGAAUAUGCACAUGGAUGAUCUGGCAGGAUUGCUAGAACAGCAUAGCGAACUGUGGGAGGAUGAUUUGGAGAUUGAGAAAAGCGAUAUUCCGAUGAAUUACUUGGAAAGAGAGAUCUUCACGAUUCGCAGUCACCGGAAAAUAAGACAGUUUGGAAAGGGUUCAGCUGGAAUGAGGGUCAUUAGUGUCAGACCGUUCGAGAAAAAAUUAAAUGACGAGAAAGAGAUUGCUCAGAAACGGUCCAGGUUUGAUUUUUUGUCAUUUGAGAAGUAUAUGAAGAUCGACGAGAAAUUGGACAAGAAAAUGAUCUUGGUUUGUCGGACACACGACGAACUUUGCGAGAUUGGUAAAUCUAUCAACCACAUGUUUAGUUUUCAAAUGUUGGUCUCAAUGGCUCAUGGUUUUAUGGCGAUUACCGCUCAGUUUUACUUUCUGUAUUGUGCACUUUCUGGACAGGAUGUUCCCGUUUUGUUUCGGUCUGCGCAGGUCCCACAAAUAACAGUGUUACUAAUUUUUUACAUCGCCGCUAAAUGCGUUAUUUGCAUCUAUGUAUGUUGGAAGACCAAAACCGAAGCUCAACGCACCGGAAUCUACAUGCACCACCUAGCCAAUAUGGUAGAUGAAACACACUUUUAUCAGAUCGUAAACCAUCUUUCGCUGAAGUUGUUGAAUCACCAGCUAAACUUUAGUGCUUGCGGUUUUUUCGAUUUGGACAUGACAACCCUUUAUGCGAUUACCGGAGCAAUUACUAGUUACCUUAUCAUAUUGAUACAGUUCAACUUGGCAGCACUUCAAAAGUCUGGCAACUCGACAAGCAGCUCCAAUGUGGCUAGCACAGUUGCAUCAUAUAUAACUUUGAACUCAACGAACAGUACCGCUUUGAGCACCUAUGUGAAGAAUCCGUGA